AUGGUCUCAGAAGGGGAAACAUCCUUCAGCCACUUGAAGUCUCAGAAGGGAAGCCUUGGGCUCAUUGCUCCUGGAGACAUGGAAACGCCUUCACUCCACAGACAAGAUCUCAACCUGAAUUAUAAUGGACCUCCUAUGACAACACCCUUGGAUUCCAAGGAGAAACUUCUGGUAAGAUGGAAGAGACCUUAUGGGGUUGGUGCUGGACUCUGGAAUAUGGGGAACACCUGCUACGUCAAUGCUGCCCUACAGUGUCUGACAUACACACCACCCCUUGCCAACUAUAUGCUGUCCCAGCAGCAUUCUCAAACCUGUCAUCGUCAGAAGUGCUGCAUAUUGUGUGAUAUGCAGGCUCAUAUCACGUGGGCACUGCACUCUCCUGGCCGUGUUUUCAAGCCCUUGCCUGCACUGGCUGCUGACUUCCACAGAUACAGGCAGGAAGAUGCCCACGAGUUUCUGAUGUUCACUGUGGAUGCCAUGAAGAAAGCUUGUCUGCCCAGCCACAAGCAGUUACAUAGUCACUCUGAGGACACGACCAUAAUCGACCAAAUAUUUGGAGGAUACUGGAGGUCUCAAAUCAAGUGUCUGCACUGCCAUGGCGUUUCAAACACUUUUGACCCUUACUUGGACAUUGCCCUGGACAUCCAGGCAGCUCAGAGUGUGAAGCAAGCUCUGGAAGAGUUGGUGAAGCCUGAGCAUCUGGAUGGAGAUAACGCCUAUCACUGCAGCAGUUGUUUGAGAAAGGUACCUGCUUCCAAGUCCGUGAAUUUGCACACUUCCCCCAAGGUCCUGACCCUUGUGUUGAAAAGGUUCUCACAUUUCACAGGCAACAAAAUUGCAAAAGAAGUACAGUAUCCUGAGCGCCUUGACACGCGACCGUACAUGUCUCAGCAGGAUGGAGGACCCCUCCUGUACAUCCUUUAUGCUGUGCUGGUCCAUGCUGGGAGCAGUUGCCAAAGCGGACAUUACUUCUGCUAUGUACAAGCUGCGAAUGGCCAGUGGUAUAAAAUGGAUGAUGCUGAGGUGACAGCCUGUGACAUUUCUUCUGUCCUGCGUCAACCUGCCUAUGUCCUUUUCUACAUCCAGAAGAGUGAACUGGAAAGAGACAGUGGGCCUGCACCACUAGGUGAGGAACCCGGAGCCCUUGAGACCAAAGACACAGACACUGUGGCAAGGCAAGGGUGGCUCAAAAGUGACCCCUGCCUCAGUGUUCCUGAGCUGAAGGAGAAUUUGUGGAAAACAACAACUAGAGAACUCUCCUUAGAUGAGUGGCAUCACAUGCAGCAAGCAAACCGACCAAAGGCUGAAUUCAGCAUCAGAAAAAUAGAGUGCACCCUGCCUCCCAAGGCAGUCACAAUUCAUCCUUCAAAAUGCAAGAAUGCCGUCCUGUACAGGACAACCUGA